GUGCGUGGACUCGUCCCGUCCUCUCCCUCUCUCUCUCUCUCUCUCUCUCUCUCCGCCCCUCUUCCUCUCUGACCUCGCACUGCUCCCGCUUCGUUCGCCGCUGAUCUCUCGCUCCGCUCAGCCUACCCCGUCACGAGAUACCCUAGAUCUCCUCCGAGGAAAAACACUAGGGUUUUAGUGCUAGGGGGUAAGGAUUCGAGGGGGAAUCAAUGGGAGCGUUCUCCUCGAGCUCGCGGUCGUCGGAGGGGUUCCCCGUCGUGCUCAACGUCUACGAUCUCACCCCGCUCAACGACUACCUCUACUGGUUCGGGAUCGGGAUCUACCACUCCGGAAUCGAAGUCCAUGGCAUGGAGUAUAGUUUUGGGGCGCAUGAUUACCCGUCAAGCGGGGUUUUUGAAGUGGAGCCGAAGAAAUGCCCUGGAUUCAUCUACAGAUGUUCCAUUUUGUUAGGCCGUACAGAUAUGCUGCCUUCUGAAUUCCGAGCAUUCAUUGAGAACAUGGCUGCUGACUACCAUGGAGAUACCUAUCAAAUCAUUUCUAAAAACUGCAAUCACUUUACAGAUGAUGCUAGUUUGAAAUUGACAGGGAGAUCUAUUCCUGGUUGGGUUAAUCGACUGGCCAAGAUAGGUGCCCUUUGCAAUUGUCUUCUACCGGAAAGCAUGCGAAUGCCACCGGAUAAGCAGAUCGCGGAAUACCAUGGUUACCCAGACCGCUCAGAAUCGUUUUCAAUGAUGGCCGCUGCUGUGCUUCAUUCCGCAGAGAGUGCCGACGAUAGUGCCGAUACAGAUCAAGAAAAACACCUUCUUUCGUCAUCUGAUGGUUCCGAAGUGACUUUGAUAAAGGAGGUUCAAAGAUGAAAAGCUUCAGAUGUCCCCAAAAAUAAUUAUGUUAUCACAGCCAUUGUAAUUCUUUCAUUAGCAGCUCAAUGUUUAUUCAAUCCCAUCCUUGUUGUCUAUGCAUGAUAAUUGUGGCUCUUUUUUCUCUGCGUAAUUCAGGUAUCAGCUGCUUUUUCUUUGAGGUAGUAUAAAAAUGUUGGUUU